CGCCCGCGCGGCUGGGACGUCCCAGCCCCGCUAGGUCCUCCUCGUCCGUCACCCGUGCGCCCAGUCAGCACAGCCAGUCCCGUUCGCCCGGUCCACACUGCCCGCCGGCCGGCCGGUCCCCAACAGCAACCAUGGAUGCCAUCAAGAAGAAGAUGCAGAUGCUAAAGCUGGACAAGGAGAAUGCCAUCGACCGUGCUGAGCAGGCGGAGGCUGACAAGAAGCAGGCUGAAGACCGCUGCAAGCAGCUGGAGGAGGAGCAGCAGGCCCUCCAGAAGAAGCUGAAAGGGACGGAGGAUGAGGUGGAAAAGUAUUCCGAAUCAGUGAAGGAUGCCCAGGAGAAACUGGAGCAGGCUGAAAAGAAGGCCACCGACGCCGAGGCAGAUGUGGCCUCCCUGAACCGCCGCAUUCAGCUAGUAGAGGAGGAGCUGGACCGGGCGCAGGAGCGUCUGGCCACAGCCCUGCAAAAGCUGGAGGAGGCCGAGAAGGCAGCUGAUGAGAGUGAAAGAGGAAUGAAGGUCAUUGAAAACCGAGCCAUGAAGGAUGAGGAAAAGAUGGAGCUGCAGGAGAUGCAGCUGAAGGAGGCCAAGCACAUCGCUGAGGAUUCAGACCGCAAAUAUGAGGAGGUGGCCAGGAAGCUGGUGAUCCUGGAAGGAGAGCUGGAGCGCUCAGAAGAGAGAGCUGAGGUGGCUGAGAGCCGAGCCAGGCAGCUGGAAGAGGAACUGCGAACCAUGGACCAGGCCCUCAAGUCCCUGAUGGCCUCAGAGGAGGAGUAUUCCACCAAAGAGGAUAAAUAUGAAGAGGAGAUCAAACUGCUGGAAGAGAAGCUAAAGGAGGCUGAGACCCGAGCAGAGUUUGCCGAAAGGUCGGUGGCAAAGUUGGAGAAAACCAUCGAUGACCUGGAAGAUGAAGUCUACGCCCAGAAGAUGAAGUACAAGGCCAUCAGCGAGGAGCUGGACAACGCGCUCAAUGACAUCACCUCCCUCUGAGCCCCUCACAGUGUGGCCCCCUCGGCCCCUUCUCUCCUCUCCUUUCCUUUCUCUCUAUGGGGAGGGGGGCAAGCAGAGGAGCAAAAAUUGCCAACAUUGCACAGCCUAGGCUGGAUGCAGCCUAGGAGAGCCCCUGUCAUGUCUGCCACCCACUCUGGCACUUGCUUCAUCCUCCUAUAUCCACCCACUCCCCCCUCCACUCACCAGCCUCUCUCACUCUCUGCUGCUUAAUAAACUCAACUUGGUCUCUAUGCUGUUUUCCUGCCCUCCAGAGAGCACGUCCAUCGCCCCCCUCAGAGCACUGGUUCACCGCUGAGACACUGCCUCCUUUGAGCACCCCUAAUCUUGUGACCCCCUUCCCCACUGAGCUCACCCACAAAGCACCCACUCCGGAAGCCCCUCUACACAGGCACUCCCACUCUGACUCUCGCUGCUGCAUGUGGGCACGUGUGACUGCAUCGGCCACCAAGGGCCCUUCUGCAGACCCAGGCAUGUCGCUGCCCUGCGAGGGCUCAGCUGCCAUUCCAAGAUCUAAAGGAAUGACUGGAAGGGAAGUGGGGCGGUGAGGUGCAGGGAGGGGCAAGAAGGCUGUGCAAGGUCUGGGAUGAAGUCUGGAAAAACACUGGAUGCCAGCAACGUGGGGCUUUUGCUACAGGUCUGUUUUCUGCCUUGAGUCUGUCUGUCUGUCUGACACUCCCUUUUCCUGGUUCAGUCUUGCUCUUUCUUCCUGUCUCCAACUCUCUUAAACCUUCUAAAGAAGGAGAGUAAAUUCAUUUAGGACUCAGGCCUUCCCAAAGCUUUGAGGCGCCCCCCCAUCUGUCCUGGUCAGUCCACCAUUUGCCCCAGCCACGGGUCCUCAGACCCCUGAAUGCUUGUGACCUCCUGUGCCUCCAACCCACUCCGUGCUUAUUUGUCACGUCCCCCGUCCAUACCUCCCCAUGUUUCUCCCCUUGUGUCUCCCCCUGCUCACGGUUGCUUCCCCUCACAGAGACCUUGGCCAGUGCCAAGGAGGAGAACGUGGAGAUUCACCAGACCCUCGACCAGACCCUGCUGGAGCUCAACAACCUGUGAGGGCUGGUCCUGCCCUGAGCCAGGCUAUAGUUGCCUCCCCAACCAAUAAACCUGUUGGUACCAGCA